UCCUCUCCCUCCCCCCCCCCCAAGCUAGGCUGAGCUGUGCCUACGUUGGCUUCGGCUCCCAGGGACUGGAAGAGUUACCUUUGGAGCCCAAAAGGAGGAAGGAAGAAAAUAUAUCAACAACAGCGGCGGCUCGGGAGCCCCAGCCCCAGAUCCUCCCUCCCCUCUACCCCGGCCCCAGGACAGGGGCCCGGGACCUCCUGGCUCCACCCAGGGCCCGGGCAGACGCCUGUCUUGUUAGUUAUUUUUCGAUAUCCCCUCCCCCCUAAAAAGAAAAAACCCAUCACCUUCCUGCGCUUGGAGUUCUGAGAGGAGAGAGGACCACCACUCUUCCUCCUACCCCCUUCUGCGACACCCCCUUCCCCCAACAGGGGUUGGUGGCCGGUGCUGGAACUGCCCUUGAGGACCAUGAACUAAUCUCCUUCGAGGACGAGCCUUUUCAUGAGCACACUCUAACACACCCGCCGGCCGGUCGAGGACCCCCCUCCCAGCAAGGCCUUCCCCUCCCCACCUCACCCCAGGGCUGAGGAUCUCUGGAGAAGAUGGGGCGGAAAAAGAUCCAGAUUCAGCGGAUCACAGAUGAGCGGAACCGACAGGUGACAUUCACCAAACGGAAGUUUGGGUUAAUGAAGAAAGCCUAUGAGCUGAGUGUGUUGUGUGACUGUGAAAUUGCCCUCAUCAUCUUCAACCACUCCAACAAGCUGUUCCAAUAUGCCAGCACUGACAUGGACAAAGUCCUCCUCAAGUACACGGAGUACAAUGAGCCCCACGAGAGCCGCACCAAUGCAGACAUCAUUGAGACCCUGAGGAAGAAAGGCUUCAAUGGCUGUGACAGCCCCGAGCCCGAUGGGGAGGACUCCCUGGAACAGAGCCCCCUGCUGGAGGACAAGUACCGGCCGGCCAGCGAGGAGCUGGACGGGCUCUUCCGGCGCUACGGGUCUGCAGUCCCAGCCCCGAAUUUCGCCAUGCCGGUCACGGUGCCUGUGUCCAACCAGAACUCACUUCAGUUCAGCAAUCCUGGUGGUUCCCUGGUGACCCCAUCGCUGGUUACGUCGUCUCUCACAGACCCGAGGCUCCUGUCCCCCCAGCAGCCAGCCCUGCAGAGGAACAGCGUAUCACCAGGGCUGCCCCAGCGGCCAGCCAGCGCUGGGGCCAUGCUGGGAGGAGACCUUAAUAGUGCUAAUGGAGCCUGUCCCAGCCCUGUUGGGAAUGGCUAUGUCAGUGCCCGGGCCUCCCCUGGCCUCCUGCCUGUGGCCAAUGGCAACAGCCUGAGCAAAGUCAUCCCGGCCAAGUCUCCACCCCCACCUACCCACAGUGCCCAGCUUGGGGCCCCCAGCAGAAAGCCGGACCUUCGAGUCAUCACGUCCCAGGGUGGGAAGGGGUUAAUGCACCACUUGACUGAGGACCAUUUAGAUCUGAACAAUGCCCAGCGUCUUGGGGUCUCCCAGUCCACCCAUUCACUCACCACCCCUGUGGUCUCUGUGGCAACACCCAGUUUACUCAGCCAAGGGCUUCCCUUCUCCUCCAUGCCCACCGCCUACAACACAGAUUAUCAGUUGACCAGCGCAGAGCUCUCUUCCCUCCCGGCUUUCAGCUCAACUGGGGGACUGUCGCUAGGCAAUGUCACUGCCUGGCAACAGCAACAACAGCCACAGCCACCCCAGCAACAGCCCCAGCCACCACAACAGCCACCACCACAACCACAGCCACAGCCCCAGCAGCAACAGCCGCCGCCACAGCAGCAGCAGCAACAAUCCCACCUGGUCCCCGUGUCUCUCAGCAACCUAAUCCCGGGCAGUCCCUUGCCUCAUGUUGCUGCAGCCCUCACCGUCACCACCCACCCCCACAUCAGCAUCAAGUCAGAGCCGGUGUCCCCAAGCAGAGAGCGCAGCCCAGCACCACCAGCCCCUGCCCCCUUCCCAGCCCCUGCUCGGCCUGAGCCUGGGGAUGGCCUCAGCAGCCCUGCCAGUGCAUCCUAUGAAGCUGGGGAGCGGGAUGACGGGAGGGGUGACUUCGGGCCUACUUUGGGGCUGCUCCGCCCGGCCCCAGAGCCUGACACUGAGAGCUCGGCAGUGAAGCGGAUGCGGCUGGACACCUGGACAUUAAAGUGAUGAAUCUCCCCCUCCUCUAUCAACCUCCCUCUUGAAGAGUUGACAAUCUCACCGCCCCUCCCAUCCCGGGCUCCUCCCCGCUCGACCCCUAGUCCCUUUCUCGUGCUCCGUGUCCUGUUGACGGUUACAUUUGUGUAUAAUUAUUAUUAUUAUUAUUAUUAUUAUAUUAUUAUUAUUUUUUUAAUUUGAACUCUCGCUUCUGAGAGGGGGAAGCAUCCCCUUCUCUUUCUUCUCCCCCCCGUUUUCAUGGGGGGGACACUCUUUUUUGGGGGGAUAAUUUGCACGUUGUACACAUAUGCUGCAGGGGGGAGGGGGGACCCCAAAAAGACUUUGGGAUGGGGCAGAAGCCGAGCCCUGCAUGUGGUAACCUCCCUUCACCCCCAUCCCCAAGAGAGAGGAAGUAACCAAAAAAACCCAUAAAAUGGACUUUGAAACCCCAGAAUCUAGUUUGGACCUGGGGGGGUGUGGGCUAGAUGCCUGGGUCAACACUGUUCUGCUUGUGCUGCAGGGCCUUAUGAGGGCCUCUGCCUUUCCAGGGCUGUUCCUAAGUACCUAGGCUGCUUAGGUAUGGGGUGAGUGCUCAGGCCUGGAACUCCAAAAUAAUCCCCAUCCUUCACUGAUUCACAUGUAAACUGCAAUCUCCAAAGCCAAGGGGCAGGGGGCAGAGUUGCAAUUGUAGUGUGAGGGAAGCAGGCCUUGGGAAGGUGGGGGGCAGGGAGAGACCGCCCUCUUCCCUGGGCCUGGAGGAAUGUCGGAGUCUCUCCCUCUCUACAGAUGGAAGGAGAUGGGGAUGGACUAAGGGGCCACCUCACAGCACAGUGUGGGGGGCACCCCCUGCUUAGGCAUUAGAGGGGGAUCCUGGUGGUGGAGAGAGAAGAGGCCUCCUUUUCCCUCCUCUGGGGUUUUCUUCUAAAAUAUACAGUGCAAUAGCAUCCCUUCCCUCACCCACCCCUUUCACUCUGGCUCCCUAAUGCCCAGCCCCAUCCUGAUGCCCUUGGUGCUGGCCUUUCAAAAUAAGCCUCGGUGGAGGGAGGGGGCAGAGCCAGUCUUAAUUAUGCUGGCAGGACCUGGGAAAGGAACUGAGGAUGGGGAGCACCUGCUGCGCCUUCUCCUCCACCUGGACCCUCACCCUAGCAGACCUGGACUGGCUUCACAAAAGGCUGCACUAGGAUUUGGGGGAGGACCUGGGCACCAUUGCCAACAGAAAGCGGUCCACGAGGGUCAGGGAGGAUCAGAAUAUCCUUUUAUCAGAGAGGUCAUGGAAGGGGGAGGAACAGAUGCCCACUCCCUCAUUCACAUGUGAUUGUAUACCAGAGGCAUGGGCCCCAGGGGAGCCCACAGUUUCCCCGAGCCAGGGCAUGGGGUGGGAUGGAGUGAAGCUGCCACACCUCACUUCCAGCGCUAGUUGUGUCCUAGGGUGGCCCACUUUUUUAGCUUUGCUCCACCCCGGCCCACCCCUCUCUCCCUAGGCCUGCCUCCCCUUCUCUUGAUCCUCCCCAUCCCCACCAGCUUGCUACCUCCUGCUCCUCACCACCCUCACCACCAUCUCUCCCCUCAAUCCCCCACCACCACACCCCAUCUUUCCCUCGGCUACUGUAAUUGUAAAUAGCAACUUUGGAAAUGUUGGCUAUGUAACAGUCCAGGAAACUGUUUUUUUGUUGUAUUGAUAUGAAAUGAAAUUCUAUUUUUGUCAAAGUAUAUUGUAAUAAUAAUGACUCUGAAACGGCCCGUAGUGUACAGAUGAGAUUGUUCUUCUACUGUUGUUCUUGCCCUCCCCUCGCCCCAAUUUUGCCCCUUUCAUUUUCUCCCCAGAUAUGUGCAGCUGGGGGGAGGGGGGAAGAGAGGGAGCCAAAGCCUGAGGCCCUUGGAUCUUUGGCUGUAUCUAAGAUGAUUAGGGAGCUGGGAGGAGUACCCUAGCAUCCCCCACUUCCAUACCUACUCACAGAGGUGAGUUGGGGCAGUGGGGAGGGUUGGGUUGUCUUCCCCCAUUCUUUCAGACAUUGAUGCUUGGCUUGGGCCCCCCAGUGCCCAAGGGUUAGGGGCUUUGUCUUAGGUCUCUCAUCACAGUUGAAACAUAGAGGUAGCAAAGGCCUAGUUCUGUAAGUGACUGUAUUUACCCACCUCAGAGACCUAGCCAUUUGCAGUAUUCUGAAACUUAUCAUGAGGGAGGAACCUGAAGCAGAGAGAGAAAGAGAGAGGUGUGUGUGGGGGUGUGGGUAUGUGUGCACAUGUGUAUGCAUGCUCACACCUGUCUUCGUGUGUUUAUAAAGUGACCAGCUGUCCAGCAUUUCAGCUUCCUGAUCUUCCCAACUGUUCUCCCAAAAGUCCAUCAUGGACAGAUUUUCUCUUGCUGCAUCCUACUCCCUUCUUUGUUCACUCAUUCAUUAAUUCAAUAAGCAUUUAUUAAGCACUUACAGUAUACCAGAUGCUGGGAGAGAUACAAAGUUUAGAUAAGGCAAGAUCCCUGUCUUUAUGGACCUCACAUUCUCUCUACACUCAGAGAGUCACAUUUACUUGCUAAAUUAAAACACUGAUUAUUUUUAUAUGUCCAUUUUUAAGGGGGAUUUUGCGGCUGGUCCCGCCUGGCUCUCCCAUUUGGUCCUGUCUUUCCAACCUUGCCCCCUAAAGGAAUUGUCUUGCUCCAGCUAGACUGGGCUCUUUCUUGUCUCCCAGCAUGCCUUGGCCUUUCCUACCUCUCUCCCUGUGUUCAUCCUUGGAAUGUGCUGUCUUCCCCCUAAGUCCCACCUUUGCUCUGAAGCCCAGAUCUUUGCAAUCCUACCUCCUGAAUAAGCCCCAUGCCUCAGUGAUUGUUCCUUCUUCAUUCCUCUAGAGCAGUGGUUCUCAAACUUUUUGGUCUCAGGACUCUUUAAAAUUACUGAGGACUUAAAAGAACUUUUGUUUAUGUGGUUUAUAUCAACCCAUAUUUACCAUAUUAGAAAUUAACACAUCUUAGAAUUAUGAUGAAAAUGGCUUUGACCUCCUGAUGUCUCAUGAGAUAGUCUUAGGGGCCCCAGAGGUCCCCAGACCACACUUGGAGAACUGCUAGCCUAGAGCAUAUUGGCCCUCCAACAUGCCCAUCCUCCCAACUAAGGGCAGCAACUGUGUCUUUUUCAUCUUCAUCUCCAACCCUGCCCCUCCCUGCCCCUUACUUAUAGCACAGUACCUAGCACACAGUAGUAGGUAGUCAAGAAACACUUGCAGGUGAUUGAUUCUCCUCUUUCCGGGCCAGACUUACCUCAUGCCUGGCUCUAUCCAGCUUUCCUCAGCUGAGCUACCCUACCAUUUAGUCCCCCAGGGGAAUCCUUCCCUUACCCUCCCCUCCAUUUUUAUGUCUGUGUGCUCCUGAGUGUGGAUAGUAUCCAUCAGGUUUGCCUUCUGUGCUACAGUGGCAUUUCUGAUGUUGGGUAACUCUGGGUGUGUGUAUGAGUACACUCACACAUGCCUCAGUGCAUUAUCUAGGGGUGUGUGUGGGUAAGGCAGUUAACGUGUGUUUGGAGAAUUUUUUUCAAGGGGGGCAGGGUAGAAUGCUAUAUGAAUGUGUGUCUGUUACAUUUCUGCAGUUCAGUAUCCCAAGGUUUAUCACAGGGCUUUCCAACCAGAUAAGCAGUCCUCCUUGGAGCCUGGUCCUUCUUGGUGACCUGGUGACUACCCUUCCUAUUUACUAGCCAAAUCCACACCUCCUCCCAGCCCCUCCCCGUAGAACUGGGCAUUUGCCAAAGCAACCACUGGAGACAGCCAACAUCCCUCACCUCCACCCUCCGAUUUUUAGACAACUAUCAGGGAUGAUGGGUGAGAGGAACCCCUCCCCCCCCCAAGCAAAACACCACCCCCCCUUACAACAGUGCACUAACUACAGCGGCGAGACCCAGUCCCCAGUCCUAAUCCUCCCCACCUUGGACAGAAAGGAAGCAAUGCACUUCUCUUACUGUUUAUUUAUUUGUUUGGAAAGACAGAGAUGAUGUAAAAGUGUAUCUAGAAAUAUCUAUAUCACUAUAUAUUUUUAACUGACUCUUCAGGAUCCCUUGAGGGAGGUAGGGGGUGAGUUUAGGGUUCCAUAAGUGGGGAUGGAACCUGGGAACUCCUAGCUUUCCCUUCUGCCCCCCUCCCCUUGAAACAUUGGAAGGAGGGAUGGGAUUGGGUGGGGCUGGAUUAUUUUUGAUGGAGAAUCUGGAUUCUCUUGUCUCCCCAGCCCAGGUCUGAGGAAGGGGAGUGGAAAACUUAAAGAGGUAUUCCAUCCUCUCCCCAACCCUACCCCCCCAAACCUGACAAUCACCCACUCCCCUAUGGCUCUGACUGGGUCCUGGGGGCAGGGGGGAGUCGAAAGUGUGUGGCUGUUGAUUUGUUUUCGAUAUUUCUUUCCGUGCUGUAUGGUGAUGCUUUCUUGGUAUUCUACACAAUAAGAAAAGACAAAAAAGUCCUCAAGUUCUUAUGAGUUUUGUUUGAAAACUCUUUCACUAUAUUUGUUGUAAAGAGGUUUACUAUUAAAAGAAAAAAUACACGUUUC